AGGAGCCAAACCCUCGCAUUUCCUCCUCCGACUCCGCCGGCCCACUCGCUCACUGCGCCGCCGCUCAUCGGCGCGACGCUCCGGCGGCCGGCGCUCGCGGGCUCCGAGCCGGUCGCCGCCUCCCUCUGCUCUCCUCUCCGUCGCCCUCUCCUCCAGGCCGCCCCCUCCGGUGCUCCACCGUCGCCCUCCCUCGCUCCGGCAGCUCACGCUCGGGGGCUGGCCGCCGUCGCCCUCUCCGGCAGGGUUCAGGCAUCUCUUAUAUCACUGGCCUCUGGGGAGCACUCUCUUCUGGAGAUCACGCCGACAACGGUCGUGCGGGGUGACCACUAGCGUUCCUGCAGGUGCAGCUGUGCGGAAUUGCAUUUGGUACGAUGGAAGAGGGCAGCAACUAUUAUCUUGUCAGGAAGGGGGAGAUGGUAGCUGUUUACAAAUCUUUAAAUGAUUGCCAGGCUCAAAUUUGCUCAUCGGUAUCUGGUCCUGCUGCAAGUGCCUACAAGGGUAACUCUUGGAGCAGAGAAAAGGAGGAAUACCUCUCUUCGCGUGGGUUAAGUAAUGCUACAUAUGUAAUCAAUGCAGCUGAACUUAGGGAAGAUCUAUUUGGUACCCUUAUCCCCUGUACUUUUCAGGAGAUAACUGUUUCUAGUUCAAAUCAAUCAGCUCUAAAUCAUACAGGUGUCCUUAACAAUACAAGAUAUCAGCCUGGGGCACAAUCCGUGGAUCUGAACUACGAUGCCGUGGGAUCUGGUCAAGCCUCAGCUGAGCACUAUAGCCAGCGUAUUAACCAAGGCUACUCUGUUCGGGGACAAGCAUUUAACAGGCUGGAAUCAAGACCUAGUUCUUCCAGCCAUUUCUCACCGAAUAAUCUUGAUCAGAGUGGAACUGUUGAUGCACAACCUCUCUCGAAACAAUAUAUGGUAUGCUUACUUCACUUCGAUGGUGCAUCGAAAGGAAAUCCAGGAAAAGCGGGUGCUGGGGCUGUGCUUAUGACUGAAGAUGGGAGAGUGAUAUCUCGACUUCGCGAGGGUCUUGGUAUUGUUACCAAUAAUGUUGCUGAAUACCGGGGCCUGAUCUUAGGAUUGAGAUAUGCUAUUAGGCAUGGUUUCAAGAAAAUCAUAGUAUAUGGCGACUCUCAACUAGUCUGUUAUCAGGUGAAAGGUACAUGGCAAACGAAGAACCAGAACAUGAUGGAACUGUGCAAGGAAGUGAGAAAGCUCAAAGAAAACUUCGUCUCAUUUGAGAUCAACCACAUUCGACGGGAAUGGAAUGCCGAGGCAGAUCGCCAAGCAAACAUAGCUAUUACUCUUUCCAGUGGUGUGGUCUCUGAGGAGCGUGGCGAUGGCUAGCCUUCUCCGGCUAUAACCCUUCUAGAUAAUGGGAGUAACUAGUAUAUGUAGUUAACUAAUUAGCAGGUGGAGACCUAUAUGAUGGGAGUAACUAAUAUAUGUAGCUAACUAAUUAGCAACCAGAGACCUAUGUUUUGCAUCUUGCUGCUCUGGCCUCUGGGAGUCCAGCUUGCAGUAACCUGUUGAAGAUGAUCCGUGUGAAGGGUACACCUCGAUGAUGAACACUUGAGUUACCAGGCCUCAUUUUGGAGCACUAUGUGAGCUCCAGCUAGUUAUUCUUGGUGUAAGCUUCACUACUUGGGCCUUCACAUAGGCGUUGCCCAAGUUAGUAGACUGGCAGCGAUGAACUGAUUGAGUGCGAUGAUGCAAUUGCUAGUUUGCCAUGUGUUGGGUUUUGGUUUUGGGGGGCUAAGAACCAAGUUUGGCCUCUUUACCUACGAAAGCAUCUGCAUGUAAACUGAGCUAUAAGCUCCAUUUUGUCAGGCUUGUGAAUGAAAUUGAAAACUCCGCGGAUCUUCAAAAUGCAAAGGUCUUUUAUGUUA